AUGCUUCGAUUCCGACUGCGAAGUCUGCAUAAGUACUAAAACCAUAACCUAUAAGCUAAGCAAAUCAGCCAUGGAAGUUGUAGGACAGCUUCAGAAACAGUUUGUUGCGUUCAUGACUUCCCUGUAUCGUGAGGGCUUUUUGGAUGAUCAGUUUCUGCAGCUUCAGAAACUGCAAGAUCAGAGCAACCCAGAUUUUGUGGUUGAAGUCGUUUCGCUUUUCUUUGAGGAUUCUGAGAAGCUUAUCAAUAAUAUGGCCAAUGCCCUCCAGCAACAAGUUGUAGAUUUUAAGCAGGUUGAUGCCCAUGUCCACCAGCUCAAAGGUAGCAGUUCCAGCAUAGGUGCACAAAGAGUAAAGAACGCUUGUGUUUCGUUCAAGAACCAUUGCGAGGAGAGGAGCCUUGACGGAUGCGUGAGGUGUCUGCAAGUUCUGAAAAACGAAUACUUUCUUGUCAAGAACAAGCUCGAAACCUUGAUAAGACUUGAACACCAAAUCGUGGCUGCUGGUGGCACAAUACCAUUGUUGUCUUGAAACCUUAUUUUGGGCAGGCACGACGCCACGAAGAUUUUCUAUAUGCUACGACUGUUAGCUAGGCUCUGAUAGAUCGUAGAAGCACAUCCAAGGGAAUACCGGGUCUUGUCAUUCGUCGUUCCCUCGAAUUUAGUUUGUUAGUAUUGAACUUAAUACCGGUUUUAGCUCGACGUUGUGGUAUGUUAUUAGUCCAUAUAUGGCUCCGUGCUAUAUAUAUAUGUGUGUGCACGAGCGUGCAGUGAGAGCUUCUAUGUUUGUUUUGUAAUUGGAUAUGAGGAACUGUUAAUGUUGGUUAUGCAUGAUGUUUAUAUUAGUAGUGCAAUUAUAUUAAA